AUGUGGGUUAACACGAUGAGAACGACGAGGUGGAGCAGGAGGACGAGCAGGAGGGCAUCGGUCUCGCCCUUCAUCCCCAGCGAUGCCGCCACCGCAGACGCCGCCGUCGCCGCUACGGCCGUCUCGGUGAUGGCCGCACCUCCGACCGCGGCGGCGGCAUCUACAGCGUCCACGGCGUCCACGGCGCCCGUAACCGCAACGCCUGCGAUGGCUGCCAUGCCCAACACCGCCGCCGCCGCCGCUGCCGUCGCCGCCACCUCUGGCACCGCCGCUCCGGCGGCGGAGGAGGAGGCGGCGGCGGCGGCUUUGGCAGCGUCUUCUUUGGCCGAACCCGUGCCCGUGCUCCGGCGCGCGUGGUCCUACUUGGAGCGCAUCGUGUCCAACUUGACGGAGACGGCGAUAGUCGUCGGCGAGGCCGCCUCCAACGUGGGCGGCGCUGCUCUGGCGUUGGUGAUGGUGGUGCACCCGACGCCGGCGGAGGCGGAGGCCGUGGGAUCUCCGGUCGCGGUGUCCAACACCUGGGUUGCUGCUACCACCACCGUCGCCGCCGCUUCCCCUGUCAUGGCCGCAUCUCAGGAACCGGCGGCGUCUACAGCGUCCGCAUCGGCAGCAGCCACUUCAACGGCCGUGCCUAACACUACCGCCAACGAUGCUGCUGCGGUACCGGCGGCGGCGGAGGGGGUGGUAGCCGGUUCCUCGGCCGAAUCCGCCGCCGCCGCCGCGGGGGCGGGUCGGCCGCCCGUGCUCCUGCGCUCGCUGUCCUACUUGGACCGCAUGGUGUCCAACCUGACGGAGGCCGUCUCUGCCGUCGGCGAAGCUGUCUCCAACGUGGGCGACGCCGCCUCCAACCUGGACAACGCGCUGGACAUGGUGUAG